GAAGAGUGAGAGAGAGAAAAAGAAGAAGAAGAUGGAGAGAUGCGAAUUUUCUUCUUCAAUGAUUGCUCAAGGCCGGUUGGCCGUUCUCUCAGCUCACCUCUCAGCUGCUUCAGUGGACUCCAACGCCUUCUUCUCCUUCCUUGAGACGUCCUGCGUUUCUGCUCCACCGACGAACCUCAGGGGCUCACUCACGAUCGUCGAUGAACGGACUGGCAAGAGGUAUCAGGUCCCAGUUUCCGAGGAUGGAACUGUCAAAGCCACCGAUUUGAAAAAGAUAACAUCUGGAAUGAAUGACAAGGGGAUUAAACUUUAUGAUCCAGGCUACCUCAACACAGCUCCUGUCCAGUCAUCAAUAUGUUACAAUGAUGGUGAUGAGGGUAUCCUCAGAUACAGGGGUUACCCAAUUGAGGAGUUAGCAGAGGGAAGUUCCUUCUUGGAAGUGGCCUACCUGAUAAUGUAUGGUAAUUUACCAUCUGAGAAUCAAUUAGCAGACUGGGAAUUUAUUGUCUCUCAACAUUCAGCAGUUCCACAAGGAAUUUUGGAUAUCAUACAGUCAAUGCCUCAUGAUGCACACCCAAUGGGUGUCUUAAUCAGUGCGAUGAGUGCUUUGUCGGUCUUUCAUCCUGAUGCGAACCCUGCUCUUAGAGGCCAAGAUAUGUACAUGUCUAAACAAUUGAGAGAUAAACAAAUUGUUCGAAUUCUGGGCAAGGCACCCACUAUUGCUGCAGCAGCAUACUUACGGUUGGCAGGAAGAUCUCCUGUUCUUCCCUCCAGCAACCUUUCCUAUUCGGAAAACUUUUUAUACAUGCUAGAUUCUUUGGCUGAUAGGUCUUAUAGACCAAACCCUCAACUAGCACGCGUUUUGGAUAUUCUCUUUAUUUUGCAUGCUGAACAUGAAAUGAACUGCUCAACAGCCGCUGCAAGUCACCUUGCAUCCAGUGGAGUGGAUGUGUUCACAGCUCUUGCUGGAGCAAUUGGAGCACUAUAUGGUCCACUACAUGGUGGAGCAAAUGAAGCAGUGCUUAAAAUGCUGAGUGAGAUUGGAACAGUUGAGAAUAUUCCGGAUUUCAUUGAAAGUGUAAAAAACAGGAAGAGAAAGAUGUUUGGUUUUGGGCAUCGGGUUUACAAAAACUAUGAUCCCAGAGCGAAGGUCAUAAGAAAGUUAGCUGAAGAAGUGUUCCCCAUUGUUGAUCGGGAUCCUUUGAUUGAGGUUGCCGUCGUUUUGGAGAAAGCGGCCCUAUCAGAUGAGUACUUUGUAAAGAGGAAGCUAUAUCCAAAUGUUGAUUUCUACUCGGGUUUAAUUUACAGAGCAAUGGGAUUCCCAACCGAGUUCUUUCCUGUUUUGAUUGCCAUCCCUCGCAUGGCUGGCUAUUUGGCACAUUGGCGGGAGUCUCUAGAUGAUCCCGAUACAAAGAUAAUGAGGCCAGCACAGGUGUACAAGGGGGUAUGGUUGCGCCAUUAUAUGGAUAUUAAGAAGAGGAUAGUUUCAUCGGAUGUCGACAGGCUAGGCCAGGUUUCAGUUUCAAAUGCGGCAAGGCGUCGGCUUGCUGGAUCUGCCACUUAAGGUGGUCUAGGUACGAAGAAUUGGCUAAGAGAAAUGACUGUAGAGGAUUGUGCAAUAAAAUGUUACAUUUAUAAUUUUCAACAGCUAGACAAAUGUGUAUUAGUUAUCAAUUUCAAUCAUAGUGCUUCCUGG